GCAGGUGUAUCGUAGAUUUUAUUGGAAUUUACGACGUGUAGCAAGAGAGAAAAAGAGGGAGAAAGAAAGAUAUUUUACGUCUCGAAAAUGGCAAAGGUUUGAGUUUGAUGCUUUUACAUGUGGCAAAACAUGUGGUGUAACUUGUACGCGGCCGGCGAUGCGAGUAAAUGGAGUGUGCACAGAGCUGUCAUUAUGCUCCCUCGUCGCAGUUCUCGUUUUCCAUGAAAUUCUCGCAGUAACGUUGAUAUCGAUUAACGUCUCUGCGGUGCGUGUCUCCGUCGUCAUUGGUUGCCAUGUUUGAUGAACGAGUAGCAAGUUCUGUACCACGUGACCACGGUUUACAAACGGUCGUUGUGGCAAACUGCUGAGGACGUGAUAUAGGUAGUAACAUAUAGUACGGUGUUCAUGGAAUUCUUGUAUUGACGGGAAAAAGACAUAUCCCAAGCUGAAAAUAAACUCUUGUUGAAUGUGCUGUUAAUCAAAACCUAUAAAUCAUAAUAACUCAACACAGAAUGUUAUCUUCAUAGUUUACACAAAAAUAUGAAGAAUAGUAGUCAUAAAGAGGAUAGAAAAAAAUAUGUCUUCUUCACAGAUCCAGAUGUUGUUGCUAAGCGAGCUGAGAUUUCUGCUGUUACAGCACAAAAACAAGCACUUACACAAGAUCUAAGAGUGCAAACUUUGAAGAGAGAUUCACCUUACUUAGGCAUUCAACCACUGAAUAUAAAGAACUUGUUUUUAUGUCCAGGAUAUUCAUAUCCAUUUCCAUUUAUUAGCGCAGUGAAACAAAAGUUUGCUUUAAAAGAUCAUGAUACCAGUGUAAGAAUACAUGAUCCAAAUUCUGUAGUAAAGAGCAAUUUAGCUUCUUCGGUAAUUGAACAAGAGAUGGAUAUUAGACCACUAAAAAUACCAGAUGUGAAAAUUACCUCAAAAACACUGGAGUUUUCAAGCAGAGAAAAUACUAUCUCAAAGGAGUUGUCGUCGACAAGGUCUGAAGUAUCAACAAAGGAAAUUUUAUACAAUAGAUCUGACAAGACAUCAAAAACUGGAGAGAGAGUGCAACGAAAAUUGGACUUUGUUGUAGCUGGAUCAUCGGUUAUAAAUAGCGAAAUAGAGCCACUAAAGGCACCUAAUGUAUCUAUAGCGUUUAAUUUGAGCAAAAAAAAGGAACAUGGUAGGGACAGUUCCAGAGAGAAGGAAAAUAGAUCUAAGAGAAUAAAAAAAGAUGAUUUUUUGUGUGCAAAACGAUACGAAUCAGUACAAGAUCAAGUCAAACGCAGUCGAAGUCCAAGACACGUUUCUAGAAGAGACACAGUUGAUACAAGUGACAUAAGAUUAUUGAAGAAUGACAGAUUGCUAUACAUGUCAAAAAGUGAUUUGACAACAUCGAAGGAUAAAAAUUUUGUUACGUCUACCGUUAAAAAAGAUAGUGACAAAAGACAAAAAUCUUUUAAUGUACAGUCUGUGGAUUCAAUAAAAGAGUAUGUUUCAGCAGGUAAACCUCGAAUAUCUGGUAAUUAUAAUGAAACUUCCGCCUUUCCAUCUUGGAAAGUGUCGGAGGAAGUUAUACUGAGUGAUAAUAAAGUCAGUAGUUCGGUUAAUAAUGAAAAUAAAUUGAAAGACAUUUGUAACUUGAAGAAACUUGAGAUAGAAGACUUAAAAUAUAAAUCUGAAUUAGAUAGUAAACAGUUAAAACAAGAUAAAGUGAUCAUUACCCGUAAGGAACAAACAAAGAGAAUAUGUGAUAAAAAUAAAAUGCCGAAUACAAGCAAACUCGAAGGGAAACGUAGUACGAAUUUAGACGAAUCAUUAGAAAAUAUUGAAUCACCAUCCGAAAUAACAAAUAGUUUUAAGAAUCGUGCAAAUGCUUAUCCUAUAAGUGUUACACGGCAUUCGAAGAGUAUAGAUUCUGAAACAUUUUCAGAAAGUGACGUGAACAAUUCCGCUAGAUUAGCUAAGACUUCAGAGAAUCAUACAUCAUAUUCAGAACAUUUAAACAUGACGCAAGUGGAAACCGUAUCACACACUGAAAAAGAUGAGGAGUCAUAUUCCCAGAACGUGUUUACUAAAGAAGCGACUACUAACGAUGAUUCGAAUGAUAUGGAUGUCAACACACUUCCAGAUUCGUUGUUUGAUUCUAGAAGAAUCUCCUUCAGAGAUGGCUAUACUCAACAAGAAUUUCACAAUUUAAUCGCACCAGAGAAGAUGACUCUUGAGCCUAGAUUUAAACGAAGAAGCAAUUGUAUAGAAAGCAAUGACUUGGAGAUAGAUACUAGAUGUCCAAAAUCCAAGUUAUCGCACACCAAAUCUGAAAAAGGAAUACAAGAAGGAAUACAAUUGAUGCACCCAACAGCUUUAUAUAUGCAAUUUCAGACAGAGCUCCAUCUUUAUGAUUCCCACGUUGAGUCUCUCAGACAAGUUAUGGAUGUUGAAAAACAUUUAUACAAUGCAACAUGUGAACAGGAACAAAAACUACAGAAAAUAAGUGAAAAAGAUGAAGAACUGAAAAAGACUGCGGAAGUUGGAGAAAGUUUGGUGAUUGAUAAAGAGGAUGUUGAGGAGAAUUUGCCAUCUAAUUUGCUUGAUUAUAUGAAGAAAAAUGUCGAAAUCCGGAAACCGAACGACGAAGGCAAUGUUGAUGAGUCAAAUAAAACUUAUGGAAAGUUGAAUAAAGCAGUGGCAGAAAUACAAACCCAAACGGUGAAUGAUAUGGCAACUCAAACGGAUCUAUCUCUGAACGAACGAAAUGCAGAGAAUAAAUUAUCGAAAAUACGCGAAAAAGUAUAUGAACAACUUUUAGCGGGGAAUCAAGUUUCUCAGCUGUCUUUAGAUUCUAAGUAUGAAACUUUGGACCAAGUAGAAGACGAUAUAUCACUGCCCAAAAUCAAAAAUGUCAUGUCAGAGUUUAGUAUUUUACAUGAAACGACGUCGUCGAAAAAAACGGAGACUGGCACCGAGAUUGUUUCGAGAGACGUAACAUGCUCGUUUGCAGAGCUCAGCAUCGAAAAUCAGCAGUAUUCAGAAAUAGCGCAGUGUUUGAAUGAAAACGAACGGCUUAUAAAACACGAGAAGGAACGAUGUACCAAAUUCGAGGAAAUUUAUAAGGCGUACAUGGAGAUAGCGUAUGAUAAGCAGAAGAAAAUAGAGCAGCUAGAAGACCAGAAGCGCGCGUUAAAAAAUAGAGGCCAGGACAGCCGUCCCUUAAAAAAGAAACAGAGAGCCCUGCUUAUGAAACUAAUACGAGGAACGCAUUACGCAGAGAGGAUAAAAGCAGCUGUAAACAUUAUAAAGAAACGUACAUUGUUGUUACAACAUGAGAGAAUUCUGCUUAGUCAAUCUCAAGACAUGUCGACAAAAAAUCAUAUCUUGACGAAAUUGAAAAGGAGCGCCGAUAGUCAAUCGCCAAGAAAGUUAUCGGGUCCUAUGAAGGGUUAUGACAUACGCAGUAACAGUUCUUUGAGCUCUGUGAUUGAUUCGGAUAAGUCGCUGCACGAUCAGUCUCAGGGUGACGCGCGUCUAAAAACGCUCGGAAGCGACGUGCACUCCAAAUUGGACUCAAUCAAGUCCAACGUAUCCACGCGUUUAGCUAAGGAUACUAACACGAGAUGUGACGAGAGCAAAGAACUUCAAAAGUCUCUUGCAAAAUCGCAGAAGAAAAGCGAUGUGUUAAAAUACGAAGUAAGAUCACGAAAAUACGAAGAGAAAAUGCCCGGAGCUAACGUUCUGCGACAGAAGCAGAAUCAACUCGACGUGAAAUCUAAGCGAUAUCAAGGACAUUCUAUGAAACAACUUUUGGGAAGUCAGGAAUCUCUGGUGAUGUCACCGAGACCGGACGCGUUAGACGUGAAAUCUGAAUCCGACGUGCUGGAAGAGUUGUCGAGAAUAUUGCAGACCGAAGAAACUGCGACGAUCUCACGAGAGAGAAACAAAGAUUUGACAUCUAACUCGAACGCCAAUAGCAAAUCCAUAGAGGAACAGAUAAACACAACACUGCAAGACACCAAUACGAAAACGACAAAAUCGCCACAAAUCUCGGAAGAUUUGUUGCAGACAAUUUCGAGCCAAAGUUCGAAAAAGAGUGAUAAAUCUAUUGUAAGUGAUAGAGACGUAUCUAAAAAAUCGCAACAUAGUACUGAACUAAAAACAAAUUCCAAACGUAAAAGUUCCAACUACCAGAAAACCAAAUCGUCUUCCAGUACGUUAACGGAAAAUGUGCUGAGAUCGAUAUCUAGUUCUUACAUAUUUGAGGGACUUCUUAAUCAUCACGAUAAACGAGCAAAACUGAAAAAUGAAUCUUCUCAGUUAGAUAGCAAUAACGAAAGCUUAAUUUUGGACGAAUCGGAGCGCAAACAUUCAGGAGUUGUAAAAGAUAAAACUUCGACAAACAAAUGUGAGACCAAGGAAAGUAUAAUUUCUAAACAAGCUUUCAAUAGAAAUGUCGAAAAUAAUGUUGAAAACCCUUCGAAGAACGAACAGGGAAUUCACGUGUCCACUUCAUUUACCAUAUCCCAUUCCGAAAGUGAAACGAGUUUCUCGAAAUCUAUAAGAUUGGAACUUAGAAAGAAGUCGGAAAACAAAGAUUUUGAACAAAUUUUAACUGAACGCGAAGUUGCACUUACAUCGCGCAAGAAGUGCGUAGAAAAUUACAUGGCCCGACACGCGAGGUUAAAAGCGGAGGAAGAUCGUGUGACUCGUAUGGAACAGGCAGCAUAUUACAAACUUGUUGCGGAAGCAGUCUUACAAGAGAGACUUCUGCGCUCUAUUGUAGAUACCACCGUGUCGUCCGACAUGAGCGACAUUGAAGGAAGGAUAACAGCUUUGACCGAGGAAGUAGCAAAACGACGUAACGAGAUCGCGCGUCUAAAGAAAGAAGCCAAAAAGCGAGCAAAGAAACAGCUACUUGAUAUGGAAACGAACUUGUUGAAUAAAAUCAAGAUUUAUGACGCGAGCAUUCACAAGAUGCGUAAAAAAUUGGAUUCAAAGAAAAGUUUCAAAGAAACCGAUAAGUUAGCUAUAGAACCGAGGUCGUUGGCCGACUACAAAGUACCUGAAAUACCGCAUAUUAAGAAAAUAGAAGAUAUUUAUAAGAAGAACGAUUUAUUGAGAUCCAGAUCGGAGUCUGAUCUUCUGUCAAUGAGAAAUCAACCAAAGAAUUCAAAACUUGCGUCUUUUUUGACGCAUAACGAUGAGCGAGAGAGCUCGAGUAAGAACUCUGUAAAAACCACAGAUACAACUGCUUCAAAAUCAAUAAAUAUCACUGACAAUAGUCACAACAUUCAGACGACGCUUGAUGACCAUACAUUGACAGGAACACAUAAUAAAGUUCAUACACCGAUUUCCAGACCAUCGUCUAUGAAUAACUCACAAUUCGGAAAACACGCUCAAAAAUCUGUAAUUGCAUCGCGCGAUGCAAAAGACAUUCAAAUAAAUUCUAACACAGAAUUAGAAGUGCGAACAAUGUCGGAUGUAAAAUCGAGUCAUCAAAAUACCAUAUCCACAGAUAAUGAACUAAUCGUAAGUAUCAAUAAAUCCGAACGAAAAAUUUCAACAAUAGAAUCUGAUAUUCAGGGAAUAAAAAGUGUCGAUUACUCGACAUCUAUUUCGCGUAAGUCUGACUCAUCUACGAAAAAUGUUGCACACGCGACAGUUGAUUUCAAUACGCUCAGUUUUUCCCGAAAAUUAGAUUUUCUGCAAUUAAACAACAAAAAUCUGAACGAGAACAUAAGCAGUCUCGAGAACAACAUGAGGGAGAUAAUGUCGCGCUUGAGUAAGGAAUCGAACGGGAAGUCUAAAGUGGAUAACGACGAUAAGAAUACGUUGCAAGACACAUCAGACGUAAUAUCCAAGUCGGUUUUCAGCGACAAAAUAUCUAAUAUCGCAAACGAAGAGAAGCAAACGAUAUCGCACGAGACGAAAAUUAAUACCGAAUCGUUUGCCACUUCAAUCAAUGACGAAAACUUAAAAUCCAAGGAUUUAAGUUACGACGUAACGGAUAAGAUAAUAAACGAUGAAAUAUCCGCGACUAUUCCGGAAGAAGCAAUUAGCCUAUCUAAUUCAGUUCAUGAGAUCGAUUACGAAGCCAAAAGCAAAGAGAUCAUGAAUGAAAUAGAGAGAUCUAUAAUAUCAGAGCACCUCGAAACAACGACAUACAGUGAAAACAAUUACAGCGCAACAUUGGAAGAUAGAAAUAAAGAAUCGUUGAAUGAUUUAUUGUCGAAACUCGAUGUGAAGUCAAUAUCUGAGAUUUUUUCCAAGGAAAGCAAAAGAAGUGAUAUUGCAACCGAGAUUGUUGACAACGCGAAAAAGGAUAUAAGCGAAGAAGAAGAACAAGAAAAAACGAAGGAGAAUCAUUCGGCAGAAAUAUAUUUGUCUAGAACGCUUUCCGAACGUUUUAGCACUAAAUCACUGCAUUCUCCUAUAAUAUCGGGUCACCGUUCGAAAAUAGCUUAUAGAACAUCUGACGAUAAUUCGCAGAGUACUCGGAGCGUAGUUUCAAGCCAACUUUCGCGUCAUCUUGCCAGUGACGCUUCAGAGUUGUCGGAAUAUAUUCCUGAAGUGUCGAAAGAUGUAAAUUCACUGGCGUCCAACACUGAUCAAAGUCAAUUGCGUACAAUUACUCCGAAAGAUGUUUCUCAGGAUAACAAUGACUGGACAACGUCCGACUCAUUCGAAGUCGCGCAAAAUGAGGAAGGAGAACAAAAACAUUCGCAAGAUUCAAGAUCAGUAUCGGAGCAUAUAGACGAUAGUUCUAACAACACGUCGGAACGAGAUGUGCACGUUGAUGACAAGAAAGCUAAGAGCAAGUUAGCGGGCGAAGCGAAUGUGUCAGCGUUUAUUUCCAAGGAAGCAUCUAUUGAUGUCGAACUGCACAAUGUGACGUUUACCAAUACAACGCUGGAAUCCCACACAAUUAAAAAUAACGACGAGCUCGACGAUAUCCUGGAUAUAAUUGCUAGAGAAGAUAAUCAAGUAGAAAAUAUUUCUAACGGCAAGAAGUUUAAUAUUUCUGAUUCUAUAACCGAAUUGUUAGAGAAAGUAGAGGAUAUUGCGAAGGACGAUGAGAAGAGCGCAGAGAAUCACCUUGAAGAGAUCUUAUGUGAUAUGAAUAUUAAUAUAAAUAAUCAACUAGAAACAGUUUCGGAUACUUCAAUGUUAAAGAGAGAAGAGGAAGAAGAUACAAACGAAAACAAUGUGAUUUCUCAAAGUACAGCUAAUAAAUCUAAACAGGAGGAAGCAACGGAUAGUUGGUUAGAAAUCAAAACUGACGACAAACAUGACAAGGAGGAGAGCCCACGCGAGACGAUGUCGGAGGUAAAAGAAAUUAUAAUAACAGAACUGGAUUCAGACAGCAUCGAAGAUAAUGCUUUAUCGGAACUUGAAAUCGAUGCUAAAGUCGAAUUGGCUGAAGAAGAGGAAACAGAUGAAGAUCAUCGUUGCGUUGUGGAAAAAAGUAAAGAAGUAUUUGUAGAGAUACAAGAAUGUUUGGAACCAAUUUUGGAACAGGACAGCUCGGACGGUGAACAAUUAGACAAUUUAGUGGAAGUCGCCGAGAGUGGAUUAGACACUUUGGAGAAACACUUUGCACCGUCGCGAGAUUCUCUCAAGUCGAUAAGAGAUGACGCGGCUCUUGUGCAGAUUGAAGAUAAUGUAGAUCCGAAAAAUAAUGAAACCGCGACAUCAGAAGAAGCAAAAGUAACGGAAAACCUUAACAAAACCUUUGACAUACUGAAAGAUCCGGAGUACGAAGAUAUCUCCGAAGAGAGCCUCGAAGUAUCCGAAAUUUUAGACAAACAUGACUCUUCGAAAGCAGGUAUUGCGAAGAAAUCUAGUUUACCGGAGAGGUAUGAAGUUACGCAAAAAUCAGACGAGGUGUUGAGAAUAUUGGACCAACUUUCGCAGAAAUCAUCGCUCGAGUCUACAAGCAAUUCGCGAAAAAGCGAGAAGAGUGUGACAGAAGACAUCAAUGAAUUUUUGAGACGGGUUUCUGUGGAAGAUGAUAGUUUGUCGCUUGAGACAAGCAAGAAGAUUCAGGAAGAAUCUUCUCGUAAAAUGGACGUGUCGAGGGAUCGAUUCCGGGAAGAAACAAAACAGGUGAAGCUAUCGAUGGAGACCAGCGAUGUCGGAUUAUUCGAGAACAAAAGCGUGGCUCUUUCAAAAUUGGCCGAGCACGACGCGGACGACAAAUCCUCGCGGAUAAUGUACGAAUUGCGUGAGAAAGUCGCGCAGCUGCAGGAGCAGGACGACUCGUCUGAUUCCAGCGAAGCCGGCGAAACUCCGCGGGGUGUAUCCGAGAUCGAGAUGGAUUCACCAAGGGAUCUCAAUGACUCCAGGCUAGAUAUCGAUAUCCUGGACGACGAUCUUUUGAGCGGUACUAAAGGAGCAAGUCAGAAUGACAUAAAGACCAAUUUCCAUUCCGCGUCUAUCGUCGCUACAUCCGAAAAGGACAUCGAGACCAUGAUCGACAAAUUAAAAGCUUCACUGGAGCAACCUGGCUUGGAAGUCGCCGAACUAGAAGCUAAGUUGCUUCGCAUUGAACAGCUACAAAUCGAACUGGAGAUCAAAAAAUUAGAAGCGGAGGAAGUGUCUUACUACGUUCGAGAAAUACCGAAUAAGCCGCCGCCUCCUUAUACACCACCUGGAGACGGUCGAUUACUGACCUCGCUCGACCUCGUCCUUCCGGUGACUUCUGUGAUACCAUCAAACGUUGAGGAGCUGACAGCAUUCACGGAAAGAGCCGCGGCUCUGAUAUAUGCUGCCAAGCUAGCUGAUGAGGACAUCGCGAGUUUGGAAGUGCCUGCCGAAAUUUACGAGUUGACCAAUGACGAGAACGAGAGUGUGGCGAGGGACAGACGGAUUUAUAACACCUUUCUCUUCAAUCUCUGCAAGGAAAUCAUUGUCGAAGUCUACCGAGCGGAAUAUGAGAAACCUGGUCCGAGUUGGACGAAACCGAAUGUGAAGACAAAGCCCAUUAUGAAGAUACCGAAGUCCGAGGAAGAACUCAUCAAGUACGUUAACAAGGAAGUCGCCACGCUGUUCGGUUUUAAGGCAAAACUGCAGCGGGAAAACAUGGUGAUGCGUUGGAGCAGAAAACGCAGAGACAGAGUAGACGAGCUUCUGGCGAGAGAGGCUCAAGCCGAGGAGGAUGAGUGGACCAAGUUUCAUCAUGACGAAUUAGCAGUGAAGAAUGGCCUCACCGUAGCUAUACUAGAUACUCUUCUCAUGGAAACAGUAAAUGUAGUAAAAUCAGCAUACGGUAAAAAACGGAGAAGAAUGAUGAUAUAACAAUUAUAGCUGUUGCAUCAAACUGAGGCACUGUCUGUCUUGUAAUUUAUUACCUGUAAACAGAACUGUAUCUUCUCAGUCAAUAUUUCCUCAGGACUGCAUUUCAAAUUCCGCAUUAUUAUUAUUGUUUGUAUUAUUUGUAUAGUUUUAUCUGUUAGUACUUCAUGUAACAUAUAAGGCUGGUUCCUAUUUAUUUAUUGAUGCAAUUUGUUGCUUUUGUUUUUUACUUAUGUUUAAUCGAGAGAGCGUGUGAGAGUGUUUCGGACAUUAAUAAAAGAUGAGCCAUAUGUAAGUGAGAUAAGAUGAAAUUGAUGAACGACAGAAAAUAGGUGUAACUAAUUCUAAGCCAUAAACAUUCGCAUUUUACAAAUCAAAUGCCCUAGGUCAGUUUAAAAAUUUUAUGUUUUUUGUUAAGGACGAGUUUUUAAUCAGUUUGUAGCACUUAACGAUAAUUACACGUAUAUAUACAUAUAUAUAUAUAUGUGUGUGUGUGUGUGUGUGUGUGUGUGUGUGUGUGUAUAUAAUAUAUACACACACGCGAGCUAUGAAUGAAAAAAAGUAACACAAAGAGAAUAAAAUACUCCAUUUCUACGAAAAUAACAGAUAAUAAUCAUAAAAUAUAUCGCGGGGCAUUUUGUUUAAUUUAUUUGCAAAAUUAGUAGCUUAAUAUAUAUAAUAUAUAUUAUAACUGUAAAAAGAAGAUAUAAGUUUUUAAAUUUCACUUUCUGUUACGUUUAAUCUCACGAUUUUUGAUUAACUUAACCGGUCGAUUAUUUCAUUGGAAUUAACCAAUCGCAUUAGUUGAGUAAUAGAACCGACCAGAAUUGAACAAUUAAUUGACAUGUUACGUACAAUAUAAAUUUUCAAUACUGGAACUGAAUUUUGAAACACAGGAUUAGCAAACUAUCACAAAAUUGACCAUGCACAUUGAUCACUUCGGCUAUUUGGCUAAUCAAGUGUUUCGCAUUUCAUUUGCUAGCGAGAACUCGAUCUACUUAUGUGUAAAAAGCAAAAUACAACCUUAUAUCUUUCUUUUCUUAUAGAGCACAGUUAUCUAUAGGUUAUCACAAUUAUACAAAAUACUGUGUAACACAAUUACUCACUAUAUUGAAAUACUUCAAUAAGCUUUUAUUAUGUGUAUAUAUGUAUUAUAAACAAAAUGCUCUAUAGGAUGCUGUAUGUAAAUCAUGUUUUAAUAUAGUAAAUACGACUAGUAAGUUAUGUUCAGAUAGCAGUCAUAUGCUCAAUUACUUGUAAUGAAAAUUAACAAAAUUCAAACGACAAAAAAAGACUGACAUUUUGGGGCCAUUUUUAUCAAAAUUAUGAACCAAUAAAUGAAAUGUAUACAAAUAAUAUUAUAUUGGGCGCGUCGGCUAUACAGGGUGAGACUAAUUACCUUAUUUUGAAAAAUAUUUCCUUUUUAUCUUUACCAUUUUACCUUCUCUUGACAACACUUCGAAUAUUUUAAAGUGUGCUUUUACAUUCAUAUUGAUUUGUAAAUUUGGAUACAUAAAAAAAAAGCAGAGAUUAGAUCUUGAAAUGAAAGAAUUCAAUCUAAGCCCCUAUAAUUAUGUAGAAAAUACACAAUCAAAGAGUUAAGUCCUAUAUACAGACACUAUAUUAUUUACUAUUAUUAUCUCGAGAUCUACCUGUAAUCUUAUUUUUUCAUGGACUGAUCAUAAAUCAAUUAUAAGUUAUUGUGUCGCCAUCAGUCAAUGCAAUUCUAACUUAAUUUCACGUUGUGAUGUAAAUAUAAAGUGUUACGGAAAGACGAACACGAUUUUCGUAACUUGCAACAUUGUAUUGCAUUAUGAAUAUGUUCUGACUUGAGAAAGUUUUGUAAUGUAAAUUAUAUUAUACUCGCUCAAAUAUGUGUCGAUCAGCGUAGUGUUCCUACGUAUAAAGGUAACAUCGCUUAAAAACUACUUCAUUGAACAUUUAUGACAUGUAUAGUUACGUCCUAUUUGCGUUUGCAGGAUAUUCUUUUAAUGUUUGUUCACACUCCUUUAUAUGUUAGCUAUUUGCGUCUGUAGUUGUUACAAAAAGAUUGUUCGAGUAUGUAGUAGUG